AUGGCUGCAAUCGCUCAGGCUCAGGCCAAUCCGCUUGACGUUUCCCCCUCCAAUGCAGCUGCAGACGCUGCUCAGGACGGCACAGGUGUCGUCGGCCUUGAUCCCUGGCUGUCUCCAUUCAGCGAAACGCUGAAGAGGCGAUAUGCAAAGGCUCAGGAAUGGGUCAAGACCAUUACCGCCACCGAAGGCAGUCUUGAACAGUUCAGCAGGGGCACUGAGAAGUUUGGCCUCAAUGUCGACAAGAAAAACAACAUCAUCUAUCGAGAAUGGGCACCCAAUGCCGUGGCGGCCUUCUUGAUUGGAGACUUCAAUCAGUGGGAUCGCACGUCACACCCCAUGAAGAAAGAUGACUUUGGUGUCUUUGAGAUCACCAUACCUGCUAUCAAGGGAAAGCCUGCUAUUCCCCACAACUCCAAGCUCAAGAUCUCCUUGAACUUGCCCAAUGGCGAGCACGUCGACCGACUGCCCGCUUGGAUCAAGUACGUGACCCAGGACUUGUCCGUUUCACCGGCAUAUGACGCUCGUUUCUGGAACCCUCCCGCUUCGGAGAAGUACACGUUCAAGCAUGCCCGUCCUGGGAAGCCCGCCAGCGCACGCGUGUACGAGGCUCACGUCGGUAUCUCCACCGCGGAGCAGCGUGUUGCCACAUACAAAGAGUUUACCCGGGACAUGCUGCCCAGGAUCCAUAAGCUUGGGUACAACGUGAUCCAGUUGAUGGCUGUCAUGGAGCAUGCAUACUACGCCAGCUUUGGCUAUCAAAUCAACAACUUUUUCGCAGCCAGCAGCCGCUACGGCCCACCGGAAGACCUGAAGGAGCUCAUCGACACGGCACACAGCCUGGGUAUUGUUGUGCUCCUCGAUGUCGUCCACAGUCACGCCUCCAAGAACGUGCUCGAUGGCCUCAACGAGUUUGAUGGCACUGAUCACCAGUACUUCCACAGCGGUGGUAAGGGAAUACACGAUCAGUGGGACAGCAGACUUUUCAACUACGGCCAUCACGAGGUUAUGCGAUUCCUCCUCAGCAACCUGCGCUUCUGGAUGGAUGAGUACAAGUUCGAUGGCUUCCGGUUUGACGGUGUCACUAGCAUGUUGUAUAUCCACCAUGGCAUGGGAACGGGAUUUUCUGGCGGCUACCAUGAGUACUUUGGUGGCGAUGUCGACGAGGAGGCGGUUGUGUACAUGAUGUUGGCGAAUGAGAUGUUGCACUCAUUGUUCCCAGACUGCAUCACUAUUGCCGAAGAUGUUUCGGGAAUGCCUGCACUCUGCGUACCUUUGUCUCUCGGAGGUGUGGGUUUCGACUACCGCCUCGCCAUGGCCAUCCCCGAUAUGUGGAUCAAAAUUUUGAAGGAGGUCAGGGAUGAAGAUUGGGACCUUGCGAACAUCUGCCACACGCUCACCAACCGACGGCAUGGGGAGAAGACGAUUGCCUACUGUGAAAGCCACGACCAAGCGCAAUAUCAAGCACUAACACGCUACAGGUUGGUUGGCGACAAGACGUUGAUGAUGCAUCUCUGUGAUGCCGAGAUGUACACGCACAUGUCGACUCUCUCGCCAUUGACCUCUGUCAUUGAUCGUGGCAUGGCACUUCACAAGAUGAUUCGACUUCUGACGCACGGAUUGGGUGGCGAGGGUUACCUCAACUUUGAGGGUAACGAGUUUGGACAUCCUGAGUGGCUGGACUUCCCCCGAGCGGGGAACAACAACUCCUUCUGGUACGCCCGUCGCCAGCUCAAUCUGACAGAGGACCCUCUCCUGCGGUACCAGUUCCUCAACCACUUUGACCAAGUGAUGAACCAAACCGAGGCUAAGUACGGGUGGCUAGCGGCUCCCCAGGCUUACAUCUCGCUUAAGCACGAGGGUGACAAGGUCAUCGUGUUUGAGAGAGCUGGAGUCGUCUUCGUUUUUAACUUCAACACCACGGAGAGCUUCAGCGACUAUCGCAUCGGCAUCGAUGUGGCCGGCACGUAUCGGGUUGUGCUGAACACGGACUCGAAAGAAAUGGGCGGGCACGGCCGGGUCGAUGAGAACACACGUUUCUUCACGACACCAAUGGAGUGGAAUGGACGAAAGAACUGGACUCAUAUCUACGUUCCUUGCCGAUCAGCCAUCGUAAGUAAACCACGAGUUCUGACCUUUUGUCUUCGUGUUGGCAGUUGA